AUGCUAAGGGGAAAAUCGUUUGAAUAUCUGUGGAAUCGAAAAUUGUCCCACUGUUUACUGGAUUUGAGAGUAGCCAGUAAAAGGGUUGGCAUUCUUGGACUUCAAGUACUCGUCCGACUUCUCUUGCCAUUCCCUGUUCAUAGAGACUGGUGGAGCUGGAGCCAUGGCUCUGAUGGCAGCGAACAAACCAACACCUGCAACCAAACCAGCGACGGUACCCCAGAAAAUCUUAGACUUGUCGCCAGGAGCGUACAAAGGCUUUCUUGGACCCCAUUCACCGAAGGAAAUGUAGUAUGCGGCUUUCUUUUCGGCAGGGGUCAAUUCUUGCCAUGGCAACUCCAUUCUAGCCUUCAAUUCCUCUAUCAAGGCAGUUUGGUCUUGUUUUGGCAAGGACUCCCAUCUGGUUUCCAACUUGUUGACGUAUGCGUUCGACAAAGGCUUUGGGGCAGCUUUGGCCACGGUAGAGUUAAAACGGACUGCUCUGACAAUGGAUUGGCGAAGCAUGUUGUGAGUUUCCAAUGGUAA